UAAAACAAAUAACCUAACAAUGAUGGGGUCGUAAUUCCAUCACAGUAUUACGGGGGUUUAUGUCCAUCGAUGGCGUACUUGUGUGAAAAUAAGGUCAUAGAAUACAGCGCAAUAUUUUAAUGAGCGAUAUUCGUCCUCACGGAAUAUCCUCAUAGCUACAUCUGCUUUUUGCGCAUGUGUGUAGGAUUAACAGAGCGAACAGGGAACACCUCGCUCGACAAGGGGCAGCAGGUUGUGUCAACAAACACAACGGUCCAAAUGGAGUAACGCUGAAGACAAGGAAUCCCGCUGACUCUAAUUGCACAUUCGAACAGAAAAUCCUCCGUCGCAGGUGAAAAUUACGACUUGCACUCGCUAUCUUUGCUCCUACUGUCGAACUAGCUGCGCUGAACAGUCAAGAAUGGAUUCAUCAGAGCAGUCAGGCCCAGACUCGUGCUCCCAGGAUGUCAACCCCGUGUUUCUCCAGCAGCUCAGAGAGCUGGCCAUCCCCGAGGAGGCAGCCAAACAGGCACUUCUGCACACUCGGAACGUGUCUGCUCAAGAGGCGGCCAUGUACUACUUCAACAAGCUGGAGAAUGAGGAGGAGGGAGAUGAUGACCUCAUGUACAAGAUGGUGUUUGUGGUGAACAUGGACCUUGCCAUGGGUGUUGGAAAGGUGGCAGCCCAGGUUGGCCAUGCUGCUGUGGGCUUGUACCAGGCUCUACAAGAGAAGAACAGCUGGAGGGAGAUGGCUUGGAAGUGGGACCACACUGGAGCCAAGAAGGUGGUAGUCCAGGGUACCAAUGUGGCUCAUCUACUGGAGCUGCAGGCCCUGGCCAUGAGCCUCAGCCUGCCCACAUAUCUGGUCCAAGAUGCAGGGCUUACCCAGGUGGAGGCUGGUUCCUGCACUGUCCUGGCCAUCCUGGGUGAGGAAGAGAUGGUGAACAAUGUCACUGGGAGUCUGAAGCUACUCUGAGGAGGUCAAACCUACAGUGGGGGAGACAUGACUCUGUAGGAGCACAGUGCAGCCAGCAGAGGGCAGCGUUUCCCAGCGGCAGGGAGAGUCUUGGCAGGAGUGCAACAAUCUUUAAAUAAAUAAAAAAAGACCUAAAGAACAAGGGAAAACAAGACCAACACCAGAAAUCAAACACUCUGUCAUUUGUUUGUCUUUCAUUCUUUGUCUGAGCCAUGUAGUUGGCUGUUGAGAGCAGGAGGGGAGAAGCAGACUGAAUCCUCACAAGACAGAGGCAGUUGAAACUUCUUGUCUGGUGACCUUUGUCCUUUUUAAACAGGCCACCUAGUUAGAAAAGAGUCAUAUUAGGCUCAUUCAGUUUUCAAACACCUUAUCUGUUGUUCAGUUUCAGAUAUGGUAAAGUCAAUUCAAGCAGCUUUGGUUGACCAAAACUGUAGACUAAUAUAUAUAAUGAAAUUAGAACUAUACUCCAAUUAAGUGUACUAUUUUGCUCCUGGAUUUGCUUCUGCAAGGGGAACUUGUUAAUUGAUAAUAUGUGAAUACCAAUUUUUGACUAAGUCUGGUCUGUAUGCAAACAUUCUUCCAAAGAUCCCUAUCCUCUAGGCUCGAUAACAUUACUUACUCAAAAAUGGCUAUAUUUUGUAUACAUGUGCCUAUUAGGGCCAUAUAUUGUACAAUGUGUGGUGUGCCAUCCUAAACAGUAUGCAGAGCUACUGGACUGUGUUGUAUUUUUUUCUUAAUGUUAAAAAAAAAAAUCUUAAGUUGUCAUGUUUGGAUUUACUGGUAGAAUUUGAUGGUUUUAUGGAGCCAGAAUGCCAUGUCGUUAAGGUCUGUACUGGGCCUAACUAUGCAUUCUGACUGCCUGUGGUGAAUAGUUUGCAAUAAUUUACAGUUACAGCUUGAGAGAAUGCAAAUGAUUGUGUGUAUGACAAUUGUUUUGGACUCGGUGAAUAAAUGGUCUUGCACACUAAUAAUCUUAAUACUCAAAAGAAUUAUGUGUGAGCUGUUGUGUGUCUUGUUCUCACUAACAUACUUUUGGGCAUGAGCUGCUAUUCCCAGAAUUUAUAAGUUGUCAAUUUUAUUUGUAACAUCUUGGCAGUGUGGUGCAUGCAGUGUGUAUAACUGGAGAAAUCGUUGUGUACAUUUAUUACAGUCAUUUGUGUGAGUGCUUCAGAUAUCGGAGACUAUUAAAAUGCCCCCAUAUUAAGUAA